AUGACCGCAGACAAUACGGAGACCGCAGACAAACGAGACCGCAGACAAACGGAGACCGAUACAAACGGAGACCGCAGACAAACGGAGACCGCACACAAACGGAGACCCCCAGACAAACGGAGACCCAGACAAACGGAGACCCCCCCCACACAACGGAGACCCCAGACAAACGGAGACCCGCAGACAACGGAGACCCAGACAAACGGUAGACCCCAGACAAACGGAGACCGCACACAAACGGAGACCGCACACAAACGGAGACCCCAGACAAACGGAGACCCGAGACAAACGGAGACCGCAAGACAAACGGAGACCGCAGACAAACGUAGACCGCACACAAACGGAGACCGCACCACAAACGGAGGACCCAGACACAAACGGCGACCGCAGACAAACGUAGACCCCAGACAAACGGAGACCCCAGACAAACGGAGACCGCAGACAAACGGAGACCGCAGACAAAAACGGAGACCCAGACAAAACGGAGACCGCAACGGGAACCAACAACGGAGAACCGCAGACAAACGGAGACCGCAGACAAACGGAGACCGCACAGAAACGGGACCCCAGACAAACGGAGACCGCAGACAAACGGAGACCGCACACAAACGGAGACCCACACAAACGGAGACCGCAACAAACGGAGACCCCAGACAAACGGAGACCGCAGACAAAACGGAGACCGCAGACAAACGGAGACCGCAGACAACGGAGACCCGACAAACGGAGACCGCAGACAAAACGGAGACCGCAACAAACGGAGACCGCAGACAAAACGGAGACCCACAGACACAAACGGAGACCGCAGACAAACGGAUGCCAACGAACGCAGACAAACGGAGACCGCACACAAAGAGACCGAAAAACGGAGCCGCAGACAAACGGAGACCGCACACAAACGGAGACCCCAGACAAACGGAGACCCAGACAAACGGAGACCCCAGACAAAACGGGAGACGCACACAAACGGAGACCCCAAGAAAACGGAGACCCAGACAAACGGAGACCGCAGACAAACGGAGACCCCACACAAACGGAGACCGCACACAAACGGAGACCGGACAACGAGACCGGACCCAAACGGAGACCGCAGACAACGGAGACCGAACAAACGGAGACCCACACAAACGGGAGACCGCAACAAACGGAGACCCAGACAAACGGAGACCCAGACAAACGGAGACCCAGACAAACGGAGACCCAGACAAACGGAGACCGCAGACAAACGGAGACCGCAGACAAACGGAGACCCACACAAACGGAGACCGCACACAAACGGAGGACCCACAGACAAACGGAGACCCCAGACAAGAGACCGCAGACAAACGAGACCCCAGACAAAACGGAGACCGCAGACAAACGGAGACCCACACAAACGGAGACCACACAAACGGGAGACCCCAGACAAAACGAGACCGCAGACAAACGGAGACCGCAGACAAACGGGAGACGCAGACAAAGGGAGACCGCACAAAAAACGGAGACCGAAAACAAACGGAGACCGACACAAACGGAGACCAGCGACAAAGGGAGACCCCAGACAAAAGGAGACCCAAGAAAAAAACGGAGCCCGGGCAGACAAACGGAGACCGCAGACCAAACGGAGACCCCACACAAAGGAGACCGCACACAAACGGAGACCCAGACAAACGACCCCAGACAAACGGAGACCGCAGACAAACGAGACCCAGACAAACGGAGACCCACACAAACGGAGACCACACAAACGGAGACCCAGACAAACGGAGACCCAGACAAACGGAGACCCAGACAAACGAGACCGCAGACAAACGGAGACCGCAGACAAACGGAGACCGCACACAAAAGGAGACCGCACACAAACGGAGACCGCAGACAAACGGAGACCGCAGACAAACGGAGACCGCAGACAAACGGAGACCGCAGACAAACGGAGACCGCAGACAAACGGAGACCGCACACAAACGGAGACGCAGACAAACGGAGACCGCAGACAAACGGAGACCCCAGACAAAAGGAGACCGCACACAAACGGAGACCCCAGACAAACGGAGACCGCACACAAACGGAGACCGGCAGACAAAACGGAGACCGCAGACAAACGGAGACCCGAAAGAAACGGAGACCGCAGAAAAACGGGGACCCCACACAAACGGAGACCCGCAGACAAACGUGAGACCGCACACAAACGGAGACCGCAGACAAACGGAGAUCCCCCAGACAAACGGGAGACCCCAGACAAACGGAGACCCCACACAAACGGAGACCGCACACAAACGGAGACCCCAGACACAACGGAGACCCCAGACAAACGGAGACCCCAGACAAACGGGGACAGCAGACAAACGGAGACCGCAGACAAACGGAGACCCCAGACAAACGGAGACCCCAGACAAACGGAGACCGCACACCAACGUAGACCGCACACAACGGAGACCGCACACAAAACGGAGACCGCAGACAAACGGAGACCCAGACAAACGGAGACCGCAGACAAACGGAGACCGCAGACAAACGGAGACCGCAGACAAACGGAGACCCCAGACAAAUCGGAGACCCCCAGACAAACGGAGACCGCACACAAACGGAGACCGCAGACAAACGGAGACCCCAGACAAACGGAGACCGCAGACAAACGGAGACCGCAGACAAACGGAGACCGCACACAAACGGAGACCGCAGACAAACGGAGACCGCACACAAACGGAGACCCCAGACAAACGGAGACCGCAGACAAACGGAGACCGCAGACAAACGGAGACCCGCACACAAACGGAGACCCCAGAGAAACGGAGACCCCAGACAAACGGAGACCGCAGACAAACGGAGACCCCACACAAACGGAGACCGCACACAAACGGAGACCCCAGACAAACGGAGACCGCAGACAACGGAGACCGCACACAAACGGAGACCCCACACAAACGGAGACCGCAGACAUGA